AUGACAGAACAACUCAUUCUGAAGGGCACCCUUGAGGGCCACAGCGGCUGGGUCACGUCCCUCGCGACGUCUCUCGAGAACCCAAAUAUGCUCUUGUCGGGCUCCCGCGACAAGACGCUGAUCAUCUGGAACUUGACCCGCGACGAGAGCUCUUACGGCUACCCAAAGCGGUCUCUCCACGGUCACUCUCACAUUGUCUCUGACUGUGUUAUCUCUUCCGACGGUGCCUAUGCCCUCUCUGCCUCCUGGGACAAGACCCUCCGUCUCUGGGAGCUUUCCACCGGUACCACCACCCGCCGGUUUGUUGGCCACACCAACGAUGUCCUCUCCGUCUCUUUCUCCGCCGACAACAGACAAAUUGUUUCCGGAUCCCGAGACCGAACAAUCAAGCUCUGGAACACCCUCGGUGACUGCAAGUUCACCAUCAGCGAGAAGGGACAUGCCGACUGGGUCUCGUGCGUUCGAUUCAGCCCAAAUCCUCAGAACCCAGUGAUUGUCAGCUCAGGCUGGGACAAGCUCGUCAAGGUCUGGGAACUCUCCUCCUGCAGACUGCAGACCGAUCAUAUUGGCCACACUGGUUACAUCAACACUGUUACGAUCUCUCCCGAUGGAUCUCUGUGCGCUUCCGGUGGUAAGGAUGGAACAACUAUGCUGUGGGACUUGAAUGAGUCAAAGCAUUUGUACUCAUUGAACGCUGGUGACGAGAUCCACGCCCUUGUCUUCUCGCCCAACCGAUACUGGCUCUGCGCCGCUACCUCUAGCAGCAUCAUCAUUUUCGACUUGGAGAAGAAGAGCAAGGUGGAUGAGUUGAAGCCAGAGUUCCAGGCUGUUGGCAAGAAGAGCAGAGAGCCAGAGUGUGUUAGCUUGGCAUGGAGCGCGGAUGGACAGACCCUGUUCGCUGGUUAUACUGACAACAUCAUUCGGGCUUGGGGUGUUAUGUCGAGAGCAUAG